UGUCAGUAACGUAAAUGAGCGUAAGCAACAUAACAAAACAACACGACAACGAGUGAAAGACUAUACCUUUCUAUAUUCUGACGUUUUUCUUUGUUUUUUCAUUUCUACAUGCACUAGAAUAAACCUUUAACAAUUGACUAUCGACUUGUAACUUUACAAGACUCUUUAUUGUCUUCAUGUACAAUUUUGGCUCGAGUCCUUGAAGAUAUGAAUAUUUUUCAAUUAAUUUCCAUAAUUGCAAUCACUUACUUUCAGUCAAUGCCAACGGUAUUGGCAGUUCAGCUGAACGCUAAAACUUACAAGCCAUGUAUCGUUCCAGCAGUAUUUACUGAACAAUUUACAGAAAAAGACUUGGAAAGCUGGAGCCAUCGUUGGUUUUUACCUUCGGACAGUGCGAUAGGAUCCUUCAAGUUGGUGGAAGCGCCAAACAGACUGUUGGCAAAUGAGUAUGGACUUAUAACAACUGCUCCUGGGAAACGACAUGUUGUCUUCAGUGAUAUCGACGUACCGAUUACAAGGGAAAGUUCUUCUAUACCGAUUACUCUGUCUUUUCAGAUAAAGCCAACUGCCCAUUGGGAUUGUGGGCAUGCAAAUAUAAAGCUCCUCAGUCAGAAAGAUUCAACUAAUGAAGAUAAUGAAGCGACUUUUCCCCUUAUAGAAUUUGGUGUAAAAAAAUGCGGCUUGUAUGAUUAUGCAUAUUUUUCUUUUGGUAGUUAUGAAAACCAAUUUGUUUAUCAUCUAAAAAAUCCUCCUCGAAGCGGGUUGACAGACUAUGUUACGAAUAUGUACACGCUAAUUUUGAAGAAUGAUAAAUUUACUAUCCGAAGGAAUAAGCAAGUCCUUGCCCAUGGGAAUGUACAAGAUGCGUUUUCAAAAUCGCCUGUUAAGCAUUCGUCGUUCCAGCAGCGAAUCAGUCAUGCAGAAGAAGCUACUUUAAAAAUUCCCUGUUACAGUCCAACUAAUGUAUUUCUUCUUCUUUUAUUACGGAAUGCUUCAUAUGCCUUUACUUCAACGCGAAUCGAGCUAGAUGCAUGGAGUGAAUUACCCGGUAUCUUCAUGAAUAACAUAUAUUUCGGAUUCUCUGAGAGCGAUGCUUCACUUUUUGAAAAUGAGAUGUUUGAUAUAAAAAAUUUGUUAGAAUCUAACCAAAAUAUAAACAGAUUUGGAUCUGAUGGAAGGAUAAAGGUCUUAUUGAAGCUAAUAAUAAUUAGCUUGAAAACAUUAUGGUUGAGCGUAUUUGAUGCCACAUAUGGCAACCUUUAUAACUACUUUUACGAUACUUGGAUUACAGAAGGAUUGUGUUUACCGAAAGAAACAUUCCAAUCUCUUCACCAUGCUGUACUGGUCCUUUCUGUAGUUAUUUCUCCAGUUAUUUACUGGAUGCUUAAAUCCUGAAAGCGUAUAGCAAACAGGUUUGCUGUAUGAAUGGUUAUCAUGUUCAAUUUUAUAUAUUCGAUGAAUGAAAUACGUGAAUGGUUUUUGUUUUAUGCUUAGAAAUUUCAUUCAUAGACCUGCAUAGAGCGAGUAUAAAUAAUUAAUUUACAAAAACAAUGAAAAAAGAAAAAUUUAUAUUCUCAGUUUCUAUCUAUGUUCUGACUUCUACUUGACUACCGCUUUAACAGGUUCACUCACUU